UUGACACAGGUAAACCACCUGCUAACUGGGAGAAAGUCCUUGAAGGGAUCCGCAAAAUGAGGUCUUCUGAAGAUGCACCAGUAGACAGUAUGGGUUGUGAGAAAGCUGGAAGUGCUCUUCCUCCUAAGGAAAGAAGAUUUGCUGUCUUGGUGUCUUCUCUCUUAUCAAGCCAAACGAAGGAUCAUGUUAAUCAUGGAGCAAUUCAGCGUCUACUUCAAAAUAAUCUGCUCUCUGCUGAUUCCAUUGACAAAGCUGAUGAAGCAACCAUUAAAAGCUUGAUUUACCCGGUUGGGUUUUAUACCAGAAAGGCUACUAACUUAAAGAAAAUUGCAAAAAUUUGUCUCACGAAGUAUGAUGGAGAUAUACCUAGCUCGUUGGAUGAACUACUCUCACUACCAGGAAUAGGUCCUAAGAUGGCUCAUUUGGUUAUGAAUGUGGGUUGGAACAAUGUCCAAGGAAUUUGUGUAGAUACUCAUGUGCACCGCAUUAGCAAUCGGCUUGGGUGGGUGUCACGGCCAGGCAGAAAACAGAAAACUUCAAAUCCUGAGGAAACGAGAGAGGCAUUGCAAUUGUGGCUCCCGAAGGAAGAAUGGGACCCCAUAAACCCUCUUUUGGUGGGAUUUGGACAGACAGUUUGCACUCCGCUCAGACCUCGUUGUGGCAUGUGCAGUGUGAGCGAGUUUUGCCCAUCUGCAUUCAAAGAAGCCUCAAGCCCAUCAUCCAAGUCAAAGAAGUCUGGUUUGAGCAAGAAGCUUUGACAAAUUGAAUCUCAGAGGGGAAUCAGUUUAUGUCUUCUUCUGUCGGCCUUUUGUACAUAUAUCUUAACCCUAAACAAUUUCAUGGAUUCUUGGAUUGCCAAGGUAAAAUCUUGUGUCCUACCACCUCAUGUACUUAGGCAAAGGGGAAUGCAAAUUGGGAAAGGGUGUGUCAAUUGGGAGAGUUUUUGUGGCAUAGUUUUUGGGGCAUUGUAUAACAAAUUCAGGUGGUCAAGAUCUAUAUAAUAUUCAUUGAAGUA